AUGUUGCACCGAACGCAUGUUGGGCAGCACCGUAGUGGGAAGGCACGUGCCUUUGUCUUCCGCGAUCCGACGCUAAAGAUGAUGCGGGCGGGCAGCGGGUAUCAGCAGCUGCGGCGGAUGGGCAUGCCGAUCCAGGUGGGAACGGGGUGGCGCAAGGUGGACCACUUUUACGCAAACAAUCAGUAUCAACACGCCUGGCCGCUGUUGUCGCACGAUGACUUAGGAAACAGCGAUCAGUCCAAUAACACAAAGAACGUCAUGUACUCGAUGUACAUGCCGAAGCGUAAUAAAGGCACAGCACCGUGGUUUCGUGGCGCCGACACGUACAGCGUCAAAUACUGUGAACAGGGUCGUUACGAGUACCAGCGAUAUCUUAUGAUCAAUCGCUUUCCAAGCGAGUACAAGAAACAUUUUCUCAACUUCCUUACCAACAUCCGCUCGAGCUCAGGCUCAGCAAGCCUCCCGCAAGAGGCACUUCACUGGCUGCUUCGCAUGAUUGUGGACAACUUUAAUCCCCAACACGUCCACUACAUUGCCGCGAUGAAGACGCUUCAAGAUGCCGGGGAGUUGGAUAUGGCAAGGGAUGUGUGGAAGAUUAUGGAGCGGCAACAAACAUGGCCGUGCACCUCCACCAUAUGCGCCUACCUUGACGUCUGCGUACAGGCCGGAGAAAAAACGUGGGCCAUGGAGGCGUGGAACCGAUACUGUACCGAGUUAAACUUUCUGCAACCCGGCGAAGUAGACCCGAAGCCCGUGUCGCGUGUGCCGUUUUCACUGACACGUGAAGAACUGUUGUACCUUCCAAAGUGGAAGAAGCACUUCGACCACGAUCCUAACCUCGAUGUGGUGGACCUCAACCGCUUCAACCGCACACGCGAGGUAUACCUACGCAUGGCGCAAGUCAUGUUGGCAGGGGGAGAACGUGACGCCUUUCAGCACUUCUACACAAAGUUAGAGCAGGCCAUGUUGUCGACGCCGACGCCGGUGCCCGAGCCACCAAAUCCACACCUUGUCCGACGCCCGCAGUGGUCUCCCUACGAGCACUGCAAAUCCAUCCACCAUUCCCCGUGGCGGGUGGAGAAUAACGGGCGUGCCAUGGCGCUUGGUCCCACUGUGACAACCGAAGACGAGAUGCAGAGUCGCUUCUUUUCCAAUGAGCAGUUUUUGGUGCACACGACGAAGGAAGUCCUUCGUGUUGUACUGCAAGAACACCGACGCCGUCACGCUGAGGCGUGUGCCCGUGGUGAGAGUGAGGCCUUCUUUGAAAAGGUGGCCGAUGCUGGGGAGACACUGCGGUUCUGUGGGGAAUUGGUUGAACGCCUUUUUGCGGUGUUGGGGCAAAAAAUACAUGGCCUGAACACCUCCGCAAUUCUCUCGAUGCUGCUUGAGGUGCACCGCGUGGUUGGGAAGGAGACCGGGAGGGAGCUGCUUCGCCGCGCCAACCAGUUUGUGGAACGCAAGGCCGCCCUAGACGACGGCGCAAAGGAGUCUCUCACAGCUCCAAACUAUUUGCAGGUGUUGAUGGGAUUUGCCGAUGAGAGCGCCUACGUGUACGACAGCAAGAGAAGAGGCCAGUGCCGCUACCGGAGCGGGUUUGAUCCUCGCACGACAAUGCAGCAACUGGCGGCGGUGGUGCAGGAAAUUGCGGGAAAUCCACACAUCACGUGGGCUGCGGAUAUGCACCUGCAGGUGGUGUCCACGAUGGUGGGGUGUGGAACUAUGAAGGCCAAUGAUUACUUUGUGCAGAACGUGCUCCGGCAAUUUCGUUGGGACAGCAGAUUCCUCGAGGCCCUCUACAUGGAAUACCGUCGGCACGACGACGUUGACGUGUGGGCGGAGCUGACGAAGCGCGCGCUGGUGUGGACUGCCCGGUACAACGUGCAGGCGUCGGAGCGCCUGAAACGCCUCAUCGAGGACGACUACGACGUCAUUCAGGUGCAGACCCGCACCUUCCGCGAGCUCGCGGUCUUCCAGUUCCGUGACAUGGAGGAGAAGCGCCACAGUCGCGACGCGGUCAACGAGCUUCCGAAUCCGUGGACGGACUACGUCUCCCACGCCUUGCCGUUCCCUGACCGCGACGCGGGCUACCCCGACGAGUACGGCGACCUUGGCCAGUGGCGUGCGCCCGGCGGCCCAGGCUCUCCCGUGAAGGGGCCCGGCUAUUACGCGCCCCCAAUGGAGGGGGAGCACCAGCGCGGCUACACUGCGGAGUGGCGUGAUUUGAAAAAUCCGAUGCGCCCGCCCGAGUUUCCGACACCGUGGGAGCGGAAGUACAAGCAAUACGCCCGUGGGCAGCACCCCUCCUACGACAUGGUGUACGCGGGCCCGAUGCCGGAGAUCUUCCCCACCCGGCAUGACUUCCGCAAACCGACAAGGUGGGACUACCACGACAUUGAGAAGCAGGGGAAGUACAAGACCAGCGGUCCGUACUAG